AUUGGAGCCAAAGCAGCUGCUUGCCCCUCCCCCUCCACUUUGUAUGUGAAUAUAAAGCAAGGGGCUUUUUCCCCAUUCUGAUCAGGUAAGGGUGAUGUGUCUUAUAUUUAAGUAAAUAUAGUAGGUUUUAAUGGAGCAAAAGAACUUGCCAAAAGCUAAGCCACCUUCUGGCACUAAUUUCAGCACUGUGGCAAUGGACUGUUUUACUAGGAGUGUCCUGCCAGCACCAUUCCACCAAGCAAAAGAUUCUGUAGUGAGAUCCCAACAGGGAUAUCUGGGGAGUGGCAAGCCAGUGUUGCCAACCAAUAGAGUGCUCUGGUCACUACUGUACCAGGUUUUGCUAUGCAUAGAGUGCUUAUGCAAGGGGUCAUGAUAAUAUUGAUGAGUCCAUUCCCUGUGAAGUCUAAGAAGUCACUUAUUCCACUUAGCCACAGUGGGAUUUUCUAAUUCUUACGUGGUAGCCAGGGCUUCCUGAUAAUCAAGCCCUCUUCUUAAACGGUGCUGACACUAUUGGUCUCUGCAGAUCUGAAGUCCCACUAAAUCAGUUCACAUUUGGAUGACUUACCUUCACAAAGUAGGAUGUUUUUGUUUUUGUUUUUUUAAUGAAAGGUUAGGAUCUACAGAAACUGAUGGAACUAUGUUCACAUCACUUCAUUCUGUUUCACAUUCUUCCCUAGGGUUGUACAAGAAAUCUGGAAAACUAGUGUUUUUAGGAUUGGAUAAUGCAGGGAAAACCACUCUUCUGCACAUGCUCAAAGAUGACAGAUUGGGUCAGCAUGUCCCUACGCUACAUCCAACAUCAGAAGAGCUGACAAUUGCUGGAAUGACUUUCACGACUUUUGAUCUGGGUGGGCAUGAACAAGCUCGUCGGGUUUGGAAGAAUUACUUGCCAGCAAUUAAUGGUAUUGUCUUUCUGGUGGACUGUGCGGAUCAUUCACGUCUCAUGGAGUCCAAAGUUGAGCUUAAUGCACUAAUGACGGAUGAAACGAUAUCAAAUGUGCCAAUCCUUAUCUUGGGUAAUAAAAUUGACAGACCAGAGGCCAUCAGUGAGGAGAGACUGCGGGAGAUCUUUGGGCUUUAUGGACAGACCACGGGAAAGGGUAAUGUGCCACUGAAAGACCUGAAUACACGUCCCAUGGAAGUGUUCAUGUGCAGCGUGCUGAAAAGGCAAGGUUAUGGUGAAGGCUUUCGUUGGCUAUCUCAGUACAUUGACUGAUAAAUGGACAGACAUAGUCUUACUCCUCUGGACUGAUCCUGUUCACAGCUUCCUAUGGACUUUUCUAUUAGAACAUGGAAGGUUUUCCAACCACAUACUGGCAUUGACCAAGAGACUCCUGGUUUUCAGCUAUCCUGUUGCACAGUGGUGACACAACUCCUUCUCUUUUUUUUUUUUUCCCCCCCACAUGACUGGGAGAGAACGCAGUCUGCACACAGGUGCAAAUUGUCCCUUUCAGUUGCCAUCGUUUCCCAUGGAAACCAUGGCUUUCAGUUACAAUGGGGCUGGGGUGCAGAAUUUCAGCACACUGCACUGUAGCAGCUGAAAGAACACGUCUCACCACUGUGGCUAAUUGACUUAAUAAGAAAGCAAUUAUAUUUUUUAAAGAAAGUGUUAAUGUAAGCAGUGUCCCUUCUAACUUUUUAAUUUAACAUUUGUUGUAUUUGGUCCAGAGUCUGUUAGGGUUUUUUAAAACAUAUUUAAUGGUAUUAGAUAUUUCCCAAAUUACUGAACAAAGCAUCAUGAUAUAGAAGUCCUCAAUAAACAUGGAUUUGGGCUUAACCGAUCUGUAGGAUGGUUGUGCUGUGUCACAUUGUCUGAUCGUAAAGAGGGUGCUGUUGACUGACUUGUGCAAUCAAGGUUUUGGGGUUUUUUUGUGUUUUUUUUUUUUUAAUUCACAGGGAUUUUAGUUGUGGGGGUGGGGGGAGGGAAAGGGCACAUAAGCACACCUGUUUUUGUUGCUGCCUCAUGUUUAGGUGUUUUGAAUUAAAUUACCAACCUCUGGUCCUUAAAGUGAUGACCCAUCAGCAGUCUUUCUACCGUGGCAGGUUCUGUUUACUGGGCUCACUCUACAAUGUGGAAUGUUGCAGGGUUGCAGUGUACUAUAACAGUAAAAAUCAUGAGGUGGUUGUGUGGGGUUAUUGUAGCAUGAAAAGUGUUCAACACUUGCAUAUCUUAAGUUUAUUAAUGUAGACUAAACCAGUUUAUUUUAUAUUUGGCAGAUUUUGUCUAAAGUUUCAUUGCUGUCUAGAGCGCCUCUUUUUCAGUUAAAUAAAGACAUGCCUUUCUCUUC